GAAAGGCCACACUGCCCAUACAUAAUUAUAGUAUGCUCUUUGACUUUGUCGUGUAGACUGGAAGACACACUGCACUGGCCGUGUUCGUGUUGUUUGUGCAGUUUUGCGUUGUUCGCGCUCCACUAUUUUGGAGGUGCUGUUCUCCUGUAGUGUUGCAGUGGUGGCUGAGUGCAGUUGAGCUGUAAAUCGUUCGGUGAGUGGAUGAAGUGCUCGGGACGUAGCCACCUUUAGCUUGAUGAGGGCUUUGUCCCUCUCUACAUCCCUCGCCCUGUAACAUGGGACAGCAGACCAGUAGCACAUCAGAUGAUGGAGCUCAGCCCGAUGACUGGUGGACGAGGGAAACGACGGUUCCAGCUAUGGGACCACUCAGCCCCAAGACCUCCAAGUCCCUACCGGUGAUGAACCACACACACCUGUCGUCGCCGACCAACGGCAGCAAGGAACUGGCUGUGUUUGACAAACCGCCGGAGCGGCGAGGCCCAAGCGGCGGUGGCGUUGGUGGUGCAAGAACACACGGAGAGUUGACGCAUGCAACCAGUGUGAUGCAUUCGCACAGUGACCGCGGACUUGCAUUGCUUGCUGGCAGCACGGGCGCUGUUGGUGGCAGUGGUGGUGGUGCAAGUACUAACCGUGCUAGUCGUGGUGGUGGCUCGCGUCAUCGACUCUACUCGGACAAGCCAGCACCGGCGGCCCACGCCCCGGAGCUGCACAGUCUUCCCGUCGGCAAAGCUUCAAUUGAUGACCGGCAGCAUGCAUUGAGGCGAGGCCGGCGAGUCAUUCGGCGUAGUCGAACGGAAGACAGUGACACUCUGGUGAGGCCGGUGGUGACCAAGUUGACCAGAGAGUCGAGGCGUCGUGUGUCCGUCCGUGCUCGCAUGCACUACGACUUGGUUGUAGACCGCACGGAUACGCUGCGACGUGGGAAGAGCGUAAACAGAGGUAGGCUCACUCUGAUAACGACGCGAAAGGCGCUGCUGCGUGAAGACGGCCAGCCGCCGACGCUGUCUGAUUGUGCUGGCAACGUGGAGGAUAUCAUUGUGGAGGAUGUGACCGAGCGUGUGGUCAACUACAACAAAGAGUCUGGUAGAGAGUUGAUGUGGGUGACUAUUGAUGGCUUAGCACUAGAGGGCUACAUUGAGGUGCAGCUGAAGCUGUCCAAUCCUAUUCAUGUCCUACAUCUUGGCGACAAUGCAAUGAACCAAGGUCCCAGAAGGGCCUCGCUGCAGGUGAUGUACUUUGCCAACUGUCACCGGACGCUACUCAUUAGCUCCGAGACCACCGUCAAUGAGCUCAUCGAACAGCUCAUUGCCGCGUAUCGUGUAGUUGAUGAGCCAGGCAACUUCGCACUGCACGAGGCGCGCAAGGGCAAGCGCUUUAUUGGUCGUGUUCUGGACGGAGAAGAGAGGCCACUGCUCCUGUCCUUACUCUGGGGAGCCAACUCCAAUAGAGGAUUAGAACUGCGCGAGGUGAAGCACUCUGUUCCGCCUUCGCCCACACUGCAGCGUAUGCAGCCGCCUGCCACUGACUCGGGUAUCGCGUCAGCGGGCAGCACACACAGCACUCUCGACUCGCCAGCUGUCAAAUCAUCCCUGACACUUCCUGAAAAGAAGGAUUCCGUUAAGGUGGUCAGCAGUCCCGUUGUCGCCGUUAAAAAGAAGCAGUCCACAUCCACUAUCAACUGGAUUGAUUUCACCCUACCGGAGUUGGACAACUUCCUACGCAUGCUGCAGAAUGAAGAGGAACGGCAGAGGGAGUCUAUCGAGCGACGUUUUGAGAAGAAGCGGGCUGGGCUCCUGAAAGAGCUGGCUGAGAUGGAAGAGAGCGGCUCGGCUGAGCUAGACAAUGCCCUUGCUGAGGAGAGCCCUCUUGGUACCCUGGUGUAGCCGAUCAACAAAGUCUUCUUUGCCGCCGUGCUGUCAGGGUGUGCAGCCCUCUUGGUACGCUAGCAUAGCUGAUCAACCGAGUCAUCUUCACCACUGUGCUGUCAGGGUGUGCAUCAGAGUCUGCAGCCUGGAUUGACUGUCUCGCAGAAAGAGAAAACAAACCCAGUGCUAGCGAAGUCAUCUGUGUGGCUACUAGUCACCUGUGUGGCUACUAGUCACCUGGCAUAACAUGUUAGUCUGCCAAACUCAGUGCCACCGUGUCGGCAUAAUACCAUACUGUCCCUAGAAUUGGGCAAUAUCGGAAGUCCAAUAUUGGAAUAUUGUAAGCGAUCUCAUUUAGAUUAGGGCAAUAGAAUCAAGGCAUGCUUUUAGAAUAGUGCAGUGGAAGCUAGGCAUGCUUUUAGAAUAGUUCUGUGUAAGCGCCAUAUGGACAUUGGUUCAUACUCGGUUAGCAUGCUGAUAUGAUGCCGGGUCUGAGUGUGGCGAUGGUGUCUGUUUUCCUCGUUAGAUGUUAUGGUAGUGUGCGCGCGUGCGCGCGUGUGUUUGUGUGUGUGUGUGUGUGUGUGUUUUGUGGUGUUACCGUUUUCUAGUGCAUCUUUGCCUCCAUUGACUUGUUGUCCCUAGGGAGAAAUUGGCAAGCCCAUGCCCAAGCACAAAAAAUUAUUCAAUUUUGCUCAUUUGAAUCCUAUCCGCUCCAAACGGCUUCACAUUGAUGAGUUGUCAUAUACAAGUACAUGCGCUGUCCUACACAUUUCAAUUUUUUUGUACCAAUUCUGCUGUCCCCGGCAAUCCGAAUCAGUUUAUCGUUACGUUUGAUUUCGUUUACUGCCUUAGCAAUAUUUUCUUGAAUUGUGUCCAUCUGUGAUGCACCGUUUUUUUCAUGCACAUUUGUGCACUAGUUGAUAGGAAGCAUUCACUCACAGGCUGUAUUUUGUGAUUUUAGUCAAGUCUUUUGCCAUUAAGAUAUGGUACUUUUCCGUUCCUGGUCAGUAUUCAAGUGA